UCUCACCAGUGAAUCAGUUUACUCACAAUGGCAUGUGUUGUUUACAACAGGGCUACACAUAUUUACAACACAGCCUGUGCCCAGUAAAGAUAAUAAGCUGGAUUUAACUGUUGCUGCAAACAACACUGAAUUCAGCGUCCCAGGUUAAAGAAUGCGCGUUUACCUGCAUAAAACAGACAUGCUGAUUCCUGUCGAGCAUCUGAGAGUCUGCAAAGAUCUGAAAGCUGCAGGAACAAACGCUGCUUUAAAGCAAGAGGAUGAAUGACAGACACGAGGAGAGGCGGGAGAGAGAAAGCAGUGUUUCCUAAAGAAACUCCUCCUCGGGUGAGAGAGACAGACGGAGGCGCUCGGAGUCGCUGAAGGUGCUCGAGGACGCAGCGGUGUCGUGAUGUUUGCUGUGUUUCUGCUGCUGCUCCUGCCCCACGUGGCGUCUGUCCCCUCCCCCUCCAGACCGACGCCCAAAUACUGUCGCCGGUGCUGCGAUCACUUAGACCCGCCCCUCAACCCCGCCUCCCAUCCUGCAGCCAAUCAGACACCGGAGAUCCGCACCAUCAUUAACAUGACCAUUCUUAAAGGUGACAAAGGAGAUCGUGGAGACAGAGGGACGCCUGGUAAAGCCGGACUGGACGGACCCCCAGGAUUCAGAGGCGCGACGGGGCCCAAGGGCAGUAAAGGAGACACGGGGGCCCCCGGAGACCCCUGCAAAAUCCAGCAGUCGUCCUUCUCCGUGGGCCGACGCAAAGCUCUGCACAGCGCCGAUUACUACCAGGCCAUGAUCUUCGACACCGUCUUCGUGAACUUGGGCGAACACUUCAACAUGUUCAAAGGGAAGUUCUACUGCUUCGUCCCGGGAGUCUAUUUCUUUAACGUCAACAUUCACACCUGGAACUUCAAGGAGACGUACCUGCACCUGAUGCACAACGACCGGCAGCAGGUGAUCCUGUACGCGCAGCCCAGCGACCGCUCCAUCAUGCAGAGCCAGAGCGUCAUGCUGCCGCUGGAGCUCAACGACGAGGUCUGGGUGCGACUCUACAAGCGCGAGCGGGACAACGCCAUUUACAGCGACGACGUGGACGUCUACAUCACCUUCAAUGGACACCUGGUGGCUCCUAAAGUCUAGGGGGAGGAAUCGCAGUCGGUGAAGAUCUGAGAAGUGCGACUUUAGCUUUUCAAUUGAGCACUCUGCUGUUUUCUCUCAUCUCAUUUUGGAGAAAUUUUGAUAAGCGCAACAACACUUGCCUUGAAAGACAUAAAGACUUUGUUUGAUUUGAGCUGCUGAGCGGCCUGUUGAUUCAUAAUGAGCAGGACUUUAACUCUCAAUCCCUCACACAUCUUUCCCUCCAUGAGCGCAGCUAAAGUCACUCUCAGAUGAGCUGCGAUUACAGAAAAUGAGUAAAUGCAGUUUCAUUCUCUUCCCUCAUUCCCUGUGAUCAAUGAGUCAGGAUAUUGUCAGCAUGAAUUUGACCUCCUCGAUAUUCUACAGAUUAGGACACUGAUGACUCAGUUACACGUGACAUGAUUCACAUAUUAAAGAGGACCUAUUAUGCUUUUUUUCCAUGUGUGUAAUAUUGAAAAAGCUCUGCAAAGUUCCAGUUCUUCUCUAGAUCAGUGUCAGUGUUUCUUCACAAUGUUCCUCAUUUAAAUAAUUAAU